AUGAGUUCGAUUACCAAGCCAGUUUCUUUGAAAGUUAACGCCUGUCUAUUCGACGUUGAUGGUACCAUCAUCAUCUCUCAACCGGCCAUUGCUGCAAUGUGGAGAGACUUCGGUAAGGACAAGCCAGACUUUGACGCUGAACAUGUCAUCCACAUCUCUCACGGGUGGAGAACUUACGACGCUAUUGCCAAGUUCGCUCCAGAAUUUGCUAACGAAGAGUUCGUCGCCAAGUUGGAAGGUGAAAUCCCAGCAAAGUACGGGGAACACUCCAUCCAGGUCCCAGGUGCCGUCAAGCUUUGUAAAGAAUUGAACACUUUGCCAAAGGAAAAAUGGGCCGUCGCCACGUCCGGUACUUUCGAAAUGGCCUCUCAAUGGUUCAAGCUUCUAGGUAUUGACAGACCAGAAUACUUCAUCACCGCUUCCGAUGUCCAAAACGGUAAGCCACACCCAGAACCAUACCUAAAGGGUAGAAACGGGCUGGGUUACCCAAUCAACGAAAAGGACCCAUCCAAGUCUAAGGUCGUCGUUUUCGAAGAUGCCCCAGCUGGUAUUGCUGCUGGUAAAGCCGCUGGUUGUAAGAUCAUUGGUAUUGCCACCACCUUCGAUUUGGACUUCCUAAAGGAGAAGGGUUGUGACAUCAUUGUCAAGAACCACGAAUCCAUCAGACUAGGUGAUUACAAUGCCGAAACUGACGAAGUUGAAUUGAUCUUCGACGACUACUUGUACGCCAAGGACGACUUGUUGCAAUGGUAA